AUGUCUGGAAAAAUUAUCCAAGGAAAAGCAAAAGAGCUUUUGCAAAAAAUGUAUGGUGAAACUAAUCCAGAAUUCAUCUUUUCUAGUGGAUGGUUAGAACGUUUUAAGGCAACAUAUGGAAUCAAAUCUUACCGACAUUUUGGUGAAAGUGCUGAUCAUUCACUUGCUACCAAGCAGCUCGAAGGACGCAAAAAAGAUAAGGAGAGAAUUACUGUUAUUGUUUGUUGCAAUGGUGAUGGAUCUGACAAAAUACCACUUUGGGUUAUUGGUAAGUAUGCAAAUCCUAGAUGCUUUAAAAAUGUGAACAUGAACAAUCUUAAUUGCAAGUAUCGAUCCAACAAGAAAGCUUGGAUGACUGUCUUACUUUUUCAAGAUUUUGUUGGUUGGUUUGAGAAGAGAAUGAAUGGCAGGAAGGUUCUCUUACUAGCAAACAAUUGCCCAGCUCAUCCAAAGACAACAACAAUUGCAAGUUGUUUUCGGCAUUGCAAGAUUCGGUCAGAAGAAAACAAUGUUCCCGAACCAGAAGUUGGUGAAUUAGAUGAAGGUAUCCAAGGAUUAAAUGAUGUCAUCUUUAAUUUACACUAUAGAAAUGUGAUGGAUGUUGAACAUUUUUUGAAUUAUCCUAGCGAAAAUGAUGCAGUUAUGGAAUCACCUACAGACGAAGAAAUUACUCAAUUGGUAAUGAACAGUAAUGAUGAUGAGAAUGAUCCUGAGCUAGAUGAUAGUAGCGUUGUCUCAAAUGUGUCGUCAAAAGAUGCAUUUCAAGCAAUAGUCACCUUAAGCAACUAUUUGCUACAAUACGAGCAAAUUAUUUCGAAAGUUGUGUAUGCUCUACAAAAAGUUAAGGAUGUGGUUCAUUUUGGUUUAAGUGGGAAGAAAAAACAAUCAACUAUAGAUGCAUAUUUUCAAAAGGAAUGA